AGGACUGAUGACGAUGUCGCCGCCGUCCACCAGCUGCCACCCAGCCAUGAAGUCGCCGAUGUUGGUGACGUCCGGCACGACACGAGGCCUUCCGUGGGCGUUGACGUACUCCAGAGUCGUGGGCGCCACCGAGAUCUCGCUGAUGACCCCGCCGCCGGGCUGCCCGACGCCGGCCGCCGGGCUGCCCUGCCGGACUUUCAUGUCCAUGUCUGCCGUCAUGGUCCGCGGGUCGCCGUCGACAGUGAUCUUGACGUCCUUGCUGAGCACGUCGAGUCGAUCAGCCAU